UCGCUGCUACUUUCUGCUUUCUACCAUCUGACCACCCUCCUCAAUGGACGGCAAACUACUCCUCCUUGUCUUUUGCUCAGUGGUGAGCUACCUCGGAAUGGCCACGUGCACGAAAGAGGGAGAGCUCGAGUCAAUCUAUCUGGCAGAUCGUGAGGUCAGUCUCCCUGCAAGAGCUCAAAUUGCAGCGGAUGGGGGCAGGUACACUGCAAAGAAGCAGGGCAGUGAUCGCACGCUGAGCUCGCUGGUGAACUCCAUAAUCCAUGUCCCAGAAAAAACUGGAAGAAACCCUUCCUUUGUAUUCCAGCCCCAAAGGUUUGGGCGUGAAGCUCAAAGAACCUCCGACUAUGGCACUGAGGCUCGGAUACACUCCCGGGGAUGGGAUAUCAUUCCACCACAGUUCUGGAGCAUGACAGUGCCGCAGCGUUUUGGAAAGAAGAAAUAA